CGAUACGACCGCAGCAAGCACUUUCGCAUGCCGAGAAUCGGGGACGUCGUCGCAGUGAGAAAUGUGGUGUACCCGAAAGACAUCCUCCCAGCACUUGUGAAGCCGCACAGAGCCAGACUGCGCGUCGAGCGCGUCUUCUGUGACCGGCUGUUUGUUCGGGACAUUGGCUCGGAAACGACCACGCAGCCGGCGUUUCUGAUUCCGUUAGGAUACGUGAACAGCACCGUUGACCCGACAACCGGCGCCAAGAUGGAUCAUCCAGUAGCUGAAGAAGCCACGACCGAGAAGACUGGUGAAGUAGACGCACGGCAGAGGGACUCACUUCUGUACGGAUCGGAGCACCGGCGACGAUCCUUGACCUCAUCCUUCACCCCCGGAACGCGAAUUUUGCUC